AUGUUCAAUUUCAUCAGGAAUUUCCUAAAAACAAGAACAUUCCAAAUUAGAAUCAAAAAUUCACUUUCCAAAGUUUUCGAACAAGUCAACGGAAUUCCUCAAGGAUCAACAAUUUCGGUUACUCUUUUUCUGAUAGCCAUCAACAAUAUCACUCAAAACAUAUCCUUCCCUGUCAAAUCUACCCUCUACGCGGAUGACUUUAAUAUUUAUUGCCGGAGCAAAUCGCUAGCCACUGUCCAAUGCCAUCUUCAAAAAGCCAUCAACAACCUACACAAAUGGACACAAACAUCUGGCUUUACCUUCUCUCCCGAAAAAUCUCAAUGCAUCGUCUUUACACGUAAACGGUCUCAAAAUCCAAUUAAGAUAAAAUUGGGCGACCAUCUAUCAAUAAAUAAUAAUACAAUCAAAAUACUCGGUAUCUGUAUGGAGGGACAACCUGAAUUAAAUAUGAUCGUCAGGUAUUGCCCGCUCCCGGAUUAUGUUAAUUGUCGUGCGAUGGUAGUGGACUGUAAUAGGUAG